AUGGAGCCGGGACAGGCAGGGGGCGCGCUUCUGCUGCGGCUGGUAGCGUUUGCUCAAGGUAUUUUAAGCUGUCUGGCAUACAAUGUUGGCCUCCCAGGAGCAAAAAUAUUUUCCGGUCCUUCAAGUGAACAGUUUGGUUAUGCUGUGCAGCAGCUCAAAACCCCACAGGGCAACUGGCUGCUGGUUGGUUCACCAUGGAGUGGCUUUCCUGAGAACAGAAUGGGAGAUGUGUACAAGUGUCCUGUUGAUGUCCCCACGUAUGCUUGUGAGAAGCUGAACUUGCAAAGUUUAACCAGCAUCUCAAAUGUUACGGAGAUCAAAACCAACAUGAGCCUGGGUUUGACCCUCACCAGGAAUCUGAGGACCGGUGGCUUUCUAACCUGUGGUCCCCUGUGGGCACAUCAGUGUGGAAAUCAGUAUUAUGCAACUGGAAUUUGUUCUGACAUCAGUCCAGACUUUCAAUCCUUGACCAGCUUUUCACCUGCAGUUCAGGCUUGCCCCUCCUUCGUCGAUGUUGUAGUCGUGUGUGAUGAAUCAAACAGUAUUUAUCCCUGGGAGGCGGUAAAGAAUUUUUUGGAAAAAUUUGUACAAGGCCUGGAUAUAGGUCCCAAAAAGACACAGGUGGCAUUAAUUCAAUAUGCCAAUGAACCAAGAGUUGUAUUUAACUUGAACCGUCACAAAACCAAAGAGGAAAUGGUCAAAACCACAUCGGAAACCCGCCAAUUUGGUGGGGACCUCACAAAUACCUUCAAAGCAAUUGAAUUUGCAAGAAAAAAGGCUUAUUUACCAGCUUCGGGUGGGCGCCCUGGUGCUACCAAAGUCAUGGUAGUUGUGACUGAUGGUGAAUCCCACGACGGGUCGAGUCUGAAAGAAGUGAUCCAGCAAUGCAAUGACGAUGAGAUCCUGAGGUUCGGCAUAGCAGUUCUUGGGUAUUUAAACAGAAAUGCCCUUGAUACUAAGAAUUUAAUCAAAGAAAUCAAAGCAAUUGCUAGUACUCCAACAGAGAGAUACUUUUUCAAUGUGGCCGAUGAAGCAGCCCUGCUGGAGAAGGCCGGGACCCUGGGAGAGCAGAUUUUCAGCAUUGAAGGUACUGUUCAAGGAGGAGACAACUUCCAGAUGGAAAUGUCACAAGUGGGAUUCAGCGCGGACUACUCUCCUCAAAAUGAUAUUUUGAUGCUAGGUGCAGUGGGCGCUUUUGACUGGAGUGGAAGUGUUGUUCAGGGGACAUCGCGUGAGCACUUGAUCUUCCCUAAGCAAGCCUUUGACCACGUUCUGCAGGAUCGGAACCACAGUUCGUUUUUAGGUUACUCUGUGGCUGCAGUUUCUACUGAAAAGGGUGUUUACUUUGUGGCUGGUGCUCCACGGGCAAAUUAUACUGGCCAGAUAGUGCUGUACAGUGUUAACAAGGAUGGCAAUGUCACAGUGAUUCAGUCUCACAGAGGGGACCAGAUUGGCUCCUAUUUUGGUAGUGUGCUGUGUUCAGUUGAUGUGGACAGAGACACCAUUACAGAUGUGCUCUUGGUCGGUGCUCCCAUGUACAUGAAUGACCUCAAGAAGGAAGAGGGGAAAGUCUACCUGUUCACGAUCACAAAGGGCAUCUUGAAUCAGCACCAGUUCCUUGAAGGACCUGAAGGCACUGGAAAUGCUCGCUUCGGUUCAGCGAUUGCAGCCCUUUCAGACAUCAACAUGGAUGGCUUUAAUGAUGUGAUCGUAGGUUCUCCUGUAGAGAAUGAGAACUCUGGAGCGGUGUACAUUUACAAUGGUCACCAGGGCACAAUUCGCAUCAAGUAUUCCCAGAAAAUCCUUGGAUCAGAUGGAGCCUUCAGGAGCCAACUCCAGUUUUUUGGAAGGUCCCUGGAUGGCUAUGGAGAUUUAAAUGGAGAUUCCAUCACUGAUGUAUCCAUUGGUGCUUUGGGACAAGUGGUGCAACUCUGGUCCCAAAGCAUUGCUGAUGUGGCUAUAGAAGCCUUAUUCACUCCAGACAAAAUCACUUUGCUCAACAAGGAUGCUAAGAUAACCCUCAAACUCUGCUUCAGCGCAACGUUUAAACCUACUGGGCAAAACUACCGAGUGGCCAUCCUGUAUAACAUGACACUUGAUGCAGAUGGAUAUUCAUCCAGAGUGACCUCGAGGGGAGUAUUUAGAGAAAACAGUGAACGAUUCCUGCAGAAGAAUAUAGUUGUAUCCCAAGCACAGAGCUGUUCUGAAUAUGACAUUAGCAUACAGAAGCCCUCUGACGUGGUCAACCCUUUGGAUCUGCGAGUGGACAUCAGUUUGGAAAACCCUGGCACUAGCCCUGCCCUUGAAGCCUAUUCUGACACUGUCAAAGUCUUCAGCAUCCCUUUCUAUAAAGAAUGUGGCAGCGAUGGACUUUGCAUCUCUGACCUGCUCCUGGAUGUCCAGCAGCUGCCAACCACUCAAAACCAACCCUUUAUUGUCAGCAACCAGAACAAAAGGUUAACGGUUUCAGUGACACUGAGGAACAGAGGAGAAAGUGCCUACAACACUGCCGUCAAGGCUGAGUUUUCCGAGAACUUGUUUUUUGCUUCUUUUUCCAUGCCGGUCGACGGAACAGAAGUAACAUGCCAGGUGGGCUCAUCGCAGAAAUCUGUUACCUGUGAUGUGGGAUAUCCUGCCUUAAAGAGUGAUGAGCAGGUGACUUUUACCAUCAACUUCGACUUCAACUUUCAAAACCUCCAGAAUCAGGCAACCAUCCAUUUCCAGGCCUUCAGUGAGAGCCAAGAAGCAAAUGAAGCAGACAAUUUGGUCAGUUUCAAGAUCCCUCUUCUGUAUGAUGCCGAACUUCACUUAACCCGAUCCACCAAUAUAAAUUUUUAUGAAAUCUCUUCGGAUGAGAAUGCUCCUGCCAUAAACAGUGUUGAAGAUAUUGGUCCCAAAUUCAUCUUCUCCCUCAAGGUAACGACGGGAAGCUCUCCAGUAAGCAUGGCCUCAGUCACCAUUCACAUUCCCCAGUACACCAAGGCGAAGAACCCGCUCCUGUAUCUGACCGGAGUGCAAACGGAUGAGGCUGGUGACAUCAGCUGUGCAGCAGAUAUAAAUCCACUAAAGCUGGGACAAGCAUCCUCUCCUGUCACUGUCAAGAGUGAGAACUUCCGGCAUACGAAAGAAUUGGACUGCAGAACCGUCUCCUGCAGUGACAUCACCUGCUGGCUGAAAGACCUUCACAUGAAAUCGGAGUACUUUAUCAAUGUGACAACCAGAGUCUGGAACAGAACCUUCGCUGCUUCGACUUUCCAGACUCUGCAACUGACAGCAGCCGCAGAGAUUGAUACACACAACCCGCAGCUGUACGUGAUUGAGGACAACUCCGUCACGAUUCCCCUUAUGAUAAUGAAACCCACCGAGAAAGAGGAAGUACCAACAGGGGUUAUAAUAGGAAGCAUAAUUGCUGGAAUCCUCUUGCUCUUGGCUCUGGUUGCAGGUUUGUGGAAGCUUGGCUUCUUCAAAAGACAAUAUAAAAAAAUGAGCCCAAAUCCAGAUGAGAUGGACGAGACCACAGAACUCAACAGCUAAACUCCCAGCGGACAUCACGGCAU